GCCAAAAAGGAGAUCCUGGAAGGUUCCCAGUAUCUCCCGCCUGCCCAAACCCCAGAGCCCAUCCCUGACCUCAUAAGUUGCAUUCCAUCCUGGUGUUCAGACACCAGCUGCUUUGCAAUGCUGGGGGCCCAAGGUCCAUCCCUGUCCUUCUGUGGUCUUUUUCUGGUGCUCUUGGCUCUGUGCAGUAGUGAAAGUGGCCACCAUCCUCGACGCAGAUUUGAGUAUAAGCUCAGCUUCAAGGGACCAAAGCUGGCACUGCCCGGGACUGGAAUACCCUUCUGGAGCCAUCAUGGAGAUGCCAUCCCAGGCCUAGAGGAAGUGCGGCUGGUUCCAUCCAUGAAGAAUCGGAGCGGUGCUGUGUGGAGCAGAGUGCCUGUCCCCUUCCCUGCCUGGGAGGUGGAGAUGCAGAUGAAGGUGACUGGGCCAGGGCGCCGGGGAGCCCAGGGCAUGGCCAUGUGGUACACCCGGGACAGGGGCUUAGUCAGCUCCGUUCUGGAGAAGCUGGUCUCAUGGGAUGGCAUUGGGAUCAUCUUUGACUCCUCAGCCCAGGAUGCCCAGAAUAGCCCUGCCAUACGUGUGCUGGUCAGUGACAGGCACAGCUCCCAGGAACAGUUUGGGGAUAGAGCCAGCCAGGUGCUGGGUUCCUGUCACCGGGACUUCCGGAACCGGCCAUACCCCUUCCGAGCACGGAUCACCUACUGGGGUCAGAGGCUACGUGUGUCCUUGAGUGGAGGCCUUACACCCAGAGACCCCGAUGAGGUCUGUGUUGAUGUGGGGCCCCUGCUUUUGGCCCCUGGAGGCUUCUUUGGAGUCUCUGCAGUUACCAGCAUCUUAGCCGAUGACCAUGAUGUUCUGUCCUUCCUGACCUUCAGUUUGAAUGAACCAGGUCCAGAGGCUACCCACCAACCCUUCCUGGAGAUGGAGCAGCUCCACCUGGCCAGACAGCUGGAAGGGCUGCGGGCAAGGCUGGCUCUGAGAAGCCAGGAGGAUAGCAUUCCACAGCCAAACCCCAAAAGCCAGGAGGAAGGGGAAAGGCUCUUUGACCUGGAAGAUACACUGGGUAGACAAAACCAGAUCCUGCAGGCCCUCCAGACUCUCUCCAGGCAGUUGGACCAGGCUGAGAGGCAGUGGCAGCAGCAACUGGGAUCCAUAGGCCAGGCCAGACCUGAGGGAAGUUGGGAUCCUGUCAAGGUCAGCACCCUGAUCUAUGGACAGCGGACUCUGCUCCAGGCCCUGCAGAAGAUGAGGGAUGCAGCUGCCCACAUGACUUCAGGAGCCCGAGUCUUCUACCUGCCUGUGGGCACCCAGCAUCACUUCUUCGAGCUGGACCAGAUACUCAGCCUUCUGCAGAAGGACCUUCGGGAUCUGGUGAAAACUGCAGCCAAGGCCGACCAUCCACCUGGCUAUCACCCAGGAACCUCUGCAUGUCUGCAGACUGGCAUCUUCCUGUUCUUCCUCCUCAUUCAGACUAUAGGCUUCUUCUGCUACCUGAACUUCAGCAGACAGGAGCUGGACAAGAGACUUCCGGAGUACCUGUCCACAGGAAGCUUUCCUCUGGGGCCUGCACCACAUAUCCCUAGGACACUGGGGGCUCUAAGGAGGCAGACUGUCUCCCCCAGCCUGCAAGCUUGAACCAAAACAAAGCUAUGUCUCACUGGAAGUCAAAUGAGGGGUAGAGGGCUUGGCCAGUAUCCUCCCUCCUCUGAUGACUUCUGCCUUCUCUGAGUAGAUACCAGGAGUGAGAUCCAAGCAGAAAGGAGGCCAAGACCUUGCUUAACUGCCAAAGGACCAGCCACAC